AUGGAGAGAAUGCCAGACAAAGAUUGGCCCAAGACUUGCGCUGGACGUAGAUUCAAAUACAAAACAAUAUGGCUUUAUAUAGAGUUCGCCUUGAAAGAUUGGUCAGCGAAUUGGGAUGGUAGAGAACUCAAUUUUCCCAUUGUGGAACAAAACGGAUUAAAUUUUUGGCCAGUGAGAAUCCCAGAAACCAAUAAUAAAAACUACGCGCAUGCGUUUGCGAUAGGUCAUGAUACCAAAAAGGAUGUUUACGGUUUGUACCAAGCUGACUUACGCAAUGGUGCCUUGAUCAAUUUUCAAAAAUGUCUAGAUAUUCCUCUCCGUGAAAUUCGCAAUCUUCAAGGUAAGCUUAGACUAGCCAAACAAUUGUAG